AUGUGUCAAUUCACCCACAAUUACGAUGAGCAACCAGUGCCUGCAGUAGAUGUGGGCGACGAAACCCCGUUCCCCUGGCAUCUGCCAAUAUGCGAUGCUCAUUGCCACCCAACGGAUACGAUGGAUUCCAUACAGGAUAUUCCCUCAAUGCGCGCGGCUGCAUUGACUAUCAUGGCAACACGAGCUCAGGACCAGGAUCUUGUCGCAGAAGUGGCCAACAAGCACUCUAACCAUGACCCUAAGCAGCUCUUCCAAAACAACUCUGACCAAAGCAAUGCUUGGGUGGUUCCGUCCUUUGGCUGGCACCCCUGGUUCUCACAUCUUCUUUAUGAUGACUCGGCCGACGUCCCGACAUAUAGGCCCACCUCCGGCUCCGACGCCGACACCGACAAUGCCGCAAAGCAGGCCCACUACAACGCCGUUCUGCAGCCGGAACCUUCAUUGGACUUUGUCGCCUCCCUACCAACCCCAAUCGCUGUAAGCACAUUUCUCAAGGAAACUGAAUCCCGACUAUCUGCCAACCCUCAUGCUCUGGUCGGUGAGAUUGGCGUUGACAAGGCCUUUCGUCUUCCUGAGCCAUGGAACCCAUCUGAGCAAGCUGAACGAGAUUCAACUCUCACUCCCGGAGGUCGCGAAGGUCGGUAUCUCAGUCCUCACAGAGUAAGGAUAGAGCACCAGCGUGCUAUUCUUGCUGCACAACUCCGUCUUGCUGCCAAGACUCGCCGAGCUGUCAGCGUACACGGCGUGCAAGCUCAUGGAGUGCUUCAUGACACUCUUGCCGACACAUGGAAAGGUCAUGAGCGUGAAGUGAUAACACGCCGAAAACGGCGUCUGGUCGCUAAGGGUGCUGAGGACUUUUCGGAUGAAGAAGACGAAGAAGAUAGCGAGAAGCCAUAUCCUCCACGGAUUUGUCUUCACUCGUUCAGUGCCAGUGUUGAAGUGUUAAAGCAGUACCUCAACCCAACAAUCCCAGCUCGCAUUUUUGUCUCACUGUCAGCAGCUGUCAACCUAAGCACAGAUGCCAGUUGCACCAAGAUCGACGAGGUGCUCCGCGCUCUGCCCGAUGACAGCGUGCUUAUAGAGAGCGAUCUUCACAUAGCAGGCGAGCAUAUGGAAAAGGCACUAGAGGACAUGUACCGACAUGUUUGCGAAGUCAAGGGUUGGGAGCUUGAGGAAGGCGUCAAGAAGAUAGCCAAGAAUUACGAGGAAUUCAUCUUCGGGCAAUAA